AUGGCAUCUGCAGGGUCUGGAAAAACAAAAUCAGGCCGUAACAUCCAAUUCAAUUUCCAGCAGAACCAGGUUCUUGUUACUAUGGUGCUGCAACAUUAUGAUUUAUUAUUUGGUGCUAAAGCACAAAAAACUACUUCCUCCAGGAAAAAGGAAAUAUGGCGCUCAAUAUCAGAAAAUGUAUCUGCUGAGGGGAACAAUCUUAAAACAGUAGAUAAUUGCAAAAAAAGAUUUUCUGAUAUUAAGCGAAUUUUGAAGGCAAAGGUGGCCAGAGAAAAAAAGGCAGCACGUGAAGCAGGCGGUGGGAAGCCAUAUGUUGCAGAACUCUCAACAUAUGAAAAUUUGUUAAUGGAGAGGCUGGGAGAAAAUCUGCUUCAGGGACUUGACGUCUUAACCGCACAAGCAUCUACUAGUAAAGCUUCUGCUGUUGCUACACAGCCGUUACCUGUGAUUGAUACUGGGCUGAUUGAUACGGACUCCAGCCACAGUUUCUCUUCAGCUACAACACUGCCAGACAUAAUGUGCAGCACCCCUGACCCAGGUGUUGGACAAACAACAGUGGAAGUCAGAAGGGCUAUGGGGCCAGCUCCUACCUCUUCCAUCUCCUCCUCCUCCUCCUCCUCAGGUACCGAACGGUGUCAUCAGCUGUCGGAGGAGCUUACAAUUGUGGUUAGGCAGAUACAGGAGAGUUUAUAUGAUGAAUCACAAGAUCUGAUUGGUAGCCUACUUAAUGAUGAUACACAGAUAGAAAGCUAUCUGGAAGAUUCAGCUGCUGCCGCCGCUAACCCUGCCGCACAUGCUGCCGCACCUGGACCUGCUGCACCUGGACCUGCCCCUGCUGCUGCAUCUGGCCCUGCUGCCGCCCCUGCUACUGCACCUGCCCCUGCUGCCCCUGUUGCCGCUCCUGCUGCCGCCCCCUGGCCAUGA